AUGUGUGAUCUUCCACUUCAUAUGGAUCCUCAUGAUCCAAUGAUUAAAGGUUUCAUCAAGAAAUUAGGCCGAACGAUAACGUGUGGAAAAUCAGAGGAUGGAAUUUUCAAUUUCCUUUACAAUCUUUACCAAGGACAAUCUUUAUCUUAUAUGAAUGAUUUUGAUCCAAUUGUACGGAUAAUCCAGAUUCGUGGAUAUGAGAAAGCAUUCAAGUGCAUGUAUCAACCAUUUGAUCGCCACGGUAUUGAUGAUGAUAGAAUUCAAUAUUUGGAAAAGAAACCAAUAAUUGGCUAUAAAUUAGAUUUGGAAAAAAUUGGAGCAGAACAUCCAUUCGUGCCAAGUCGAGUUCCUGCUCAUUUCAAUGUCACAUCUUCCAAUGACAAAGCUCAUUCGACUAUUGCUGAUUAUCCAACACCAGAUGUAAAUAAGCAAUCAGUGAUGAUUCUUGUCAUAGAAUCAAUGUCUUUACUCAAUUUUAAUCGAUUCAUGGUUAAAACGAAAGAAGCAUUAUCAAAGUUGUCCAAUAAUUUCAUUCUUAGAGGAUUAAACAAAAUGGCUGAUAAUUCUUUUCCGAACAUGAUGCCCCUUUUAUCAGGAUAUCGACCCUAUUAUGGAGAAUGGCCGUUUGAAUUUGAAGUUGGUAAAGGUCCUUAUGAUGCUAUUCAAUUCAUUUGGGAUGAUUUCAAAAGACAGAACUAUACAACUGGCUACAUUGAAGAUGGUCCGAAAUACGCAUUAUUCAAUCACAUGGGUUUAGGAUUCAAAAAAGCUCCAACCGAUUGGUACCCGAGACCUUAUUGGUUGUCAAUUAAAAAUGAUCAAUCGAACGAGUUUCAUAGAUUCUGUUACAAACAAAAGCCCAAAAUAAUUUAUUGGUUGAAACAAAUCAAACAAUUUCUGAACAAAGUCGCCAAAACGAAGCAACCAUUCUUUCUAUGGUCUUUUAACAUUCAAGUUACCCAUAAUGACUUCAAUAAUGCUCAACUCAUUGAUCAAUAUAUUGCUGAUUUCAUCAAUUCAUACCGCCAUAUACUUGAAAACACUGUCUUUGUAAUCAUGGGAGAUCACGGUAACCGUUUUGGACCUUUAUUUAGGACAGAAUAUGGACAAAUCGAAACUCGAAUGCCUCUUUUUAAUAUUCACAUUCCUCCUCAAUUAUUACAUGAGCAUCAACAUUUGUCUUAUUAUUUAAAGAUGAACGAGAAAAGGUUAACAACUUGGUUAGAUGUUAGGGAAAUGUUGAAAGACAUUGUUUCAGGCAACUAUGAUCCAAUGUUUCAUCCAUCUAAACGGACCGCUUACUCUGUUUGGCGAGAAGAAGUUCCUUUAGAUAGAACCUGUAGAGACGCUUUGAUUCCCACUGAGUACUGUUUAUGUUUAAAAAGACACAAUUUCCCUGUUGAUUCACAAUUGGCUCAAAUAGUAUCAUCUGCGUUAAUUACGCGACUCAAUCAAGCUUUAUCAAAGUUCAAAAAUAUCUGCCAUGAGCUUUCUCUCAAAAAUAUUACUAGUGUCAAAAUUGUUCGAUUACCUGGAGAACCCAAUCCAAGGGAUCGUGUUGAAGUUACUCUAUCCGCUAAUCCUUCGAAUGGACUUUUUCAAGCGCUACUUUACUUAAAAAAUACAACAAAUUUAGACAACUCAGGUAUUGAUGAUUGGAUGCUUGAAGGAGAUGUUUCGAGACUCGAUGCCUAUUACGGUCAAUCAUUGUGCAUUAAAGAAAGAGUCAUUCAGAAAUAUUGUUACUGUCGAAAAAAGAAACGGUCCAAGUAACCCUCAAUAUUUCAUAAAAUUGUGUCUGAAUU